AUGGCCUCACCAUCUUUCUCUGAAGCUUCUGAAGGCGGUCCAGCUCGAGAACCAGGCCAGGAUGUGGAAGACUUUCUGAAGUUGAAAGAUGACAAUGAGUUCGAGGAAUUUGAUACCGAAAAUUGGUCCACUUUCGAGGAAGACCAUUCUGAUUUGCAAGUAUGGAGCGAUGCCUGGGACGAUGACAACGUAGAAGAUGGAUUCACUGCCUACCUUAGUGAUAAUCUUUAA